GUGGGGCCGCGGCCCGUCGAAUGACUCCUUGUAACGUGUUGGUGGUGGCGGCGGCGGUGGCGCGGGCUCUUCCGGGCGCCGCAGCUUCCUGCCAAGCACCGCGCAGCCGCCUGCGCCGCAGGAUCCCCCGGUGCAGGCCUCGGCGCUGGUACGGAUCCCGGGAUUGAGCCGCGCGCGCCCUGCCCGGCCCUGCGCCGUACCCACCGCACGAUGCGCGCGCUGCCGCCGCCCGCGCCGCUCCUGCCGCUGCUGCUGCUCGCGCUUCUGGUCGUUCCCGCCGCCCGCGCCAGCAGAGCCGAGUCCGUGUCCGCGCCGCAGCCCGAACCCGAGCGCGAGUCGCGGCCGCCGCCCGGCCCGGGCCCCGGGAACGCCACCCGGACCGGGUCUGGGGCGGCGGGCGGCGGCGGCAGCGCCAACAGCAGCGGCAGCGCCUUCGUGACCCGCAUUUCCACCCUCCUCCGCGACCUACCCACCCUCAAGGCGGCCGUGAUCGUGGCGUUCGCCUUCACCACCCUCCUCAUCGCCUGCCUGCUGCUGCGCGUCUUCAGGUCGGGAAAGAGGUUAAAGAGGACCCGCAAGUAUGAUAUCAUCACCACUCCAGCCGAGCGAGUGGAAAUGGCGCCGCUGAACGAAGAGGAUGAUGAGGAUGAGGACUCCACAGUAUUCGACAUCAAAUACAGGUAAAACCUGUUUCCCAGCCUGUUGGCAUCCUGUGGAAAGUUGGUCAGCGGCAGCCUGGGGUGUGAAGGACCUGGAAGCCCUCUGGCAUGUCAGAGGUGUUGAAACCAAAACAAACAUUAUGUAUAAAACCCUGGCUCCAUCGGCUCCGGCUCCGUCAUGGGUGUUGGGCGUCUGCCCAGAGUGUCACCAGCAAGCUCGUUUCCAUGUCACCACAGCAGAGUUGCUUCUGCCACCCUUUGGGUGCCCCUUUAAAGUGUCCCCCACUUCUACUCCCUGCUAGAGAGGCUUUGUGCCUUGCUAAGGAGCAAAGGGUAGAAACAUGUUGAUUUUGAAAAAGUUUUUUUUUUUUUUAAAGACAAUUGUUGACAAUAGUGAAAGAGAUCAAGAGGAUGAAGAACCUAAACAAACAAAAAGGAUGCCCACUGUGUAUUUAGAAUUUCUGAUGUUCUUCUCUGCAGCUUCUGCACAUUGGACUCCAUCUGACUCUUUGCUGUCUUUUCGGCGGGGUCAGGUCCUGGCCUCAUUCUGGCAUUACCUGCGUCAGAGUUUAAGGUGGACGUGCUUAGAGCUGGUCAGCCCCUUCCAAUCCUGGACAUCUGUGGCUCCUUUUCUUUCUUUUCUUUUCUUUCUUUCUUUCUUUCUUUUUUUUUUUUAAGGGUUCAGCAGAAAUCAGUAUGGCUAGUUCACAAAGAAUUUCCAGUAUCAGGGAAAACUGUGUGUGUAUGUGUGCAUGUGCAUGUGAUGCCUAUGAAAGUUUCUCCUCUGAAGGGAGAAUGCUAGGCAGCUUCUGUAACAUUCUUUGUGCUUUUUUGUUGUUUCUCUGCUCUGUCACUGUUCCGCGUUGUUUGCCUUAGAAGUGUAAUUUUAAAAAACCACGGUGGUAAUUUAAAUGAAUGGUUAUUUGGCUGGCUGGAAAAAAGCAUAUGUUAGGGAACUAUAUUUGAAGUCAGUCUAGACCAGGCUGGACUAGAAACCCACCCGGACUCAGGAGGCCCCACAGGACCCAGGAGGCCCCACAGGACCCCGGGAAGGCAGAGGUUCAUGGGAAAUGGCUCUGUCCGAGCUGGUGAAGUGAGGACUGCCUAUGACAUUACCUGGAGAUCUGUGCUGGCUUCUGCAGACAGGGCCUUGGGCUGAUGUCUCAGGUUGAUGGAGGCCUCGGACUCGCGGUGUUCCCAGGCUAGCGGCGACUGGCUGUAACAAAGAUGCUUCUUUUCAAGUCUAUCAGCAGUGCCUUCUGGACCCUGGGAUCUUGCUCUCUCUAGAAAGUUGAUUUUUAUUUUUAAAUGUUUUAUCCCCCUCACCUUCUUUCCUGGCAUUGCUCCAGGGUUUAUGGUGUUUGCCUGUUGAUCGUCCUGCUCUCUUUUUUUGGAUGAGAAGUCCAGCCUUUCCCGACGCACCUCCGUCUUCAGGUUUCUCAGUUUUCUGAGACGGGUCGGGAUAUGUGGGAAGGGGCAUGGAAGCUCCUCGGCCCCACCUGCUGGGAAGGGAGACUGGCCCCCUGCAGGAAAGCGCAGAGCCCAUGGGAAGCCCCAGGUGAGGAUGGUGCAGCUGGCUCACCGCACACAGCACUACCAGCCGCGGGGGCCUGCGUGUAGCCUCUGCUCCCUUUAUUUCACCUUCUUUGUAGACUUUUCUUCUCCGUUUUUCCUGUCUGCCAGAGGGGUGGGACUGGCAACAGAACAGCCGUGCUUGCUUUAUCUCUCCUCUCCACGGUGUACUCAGGCCCGGGUGGUGACUCAUGGGAGCCUGGGCACCUCGCAGCUGUUCACCCCUCAACCUUUGAACUGGAACUGCUGGCUCACUCGGGGUUUUCCACAACUGCAGCCGAAUCCCAUGGACAAGCUGGACUCCUUGGCCUGACACAGAACGCCGGGCCCCGGCUGCCAGGUGCUCGCUGCUGGUCCUGGCAGAAGGGCGGCUGCUGAGAGUGACCUUGCAAAUCCUUGCUGGAGCCUCAGUGCUCCAGGCUCUCCAAUAAAAACCCUUUAGACACCAA